AUGAAAUCAGUCAAUUCUAUUUGUAAACAAUCCUUUAAUAAUAGAUAUGAGACCGAUAAUGCAUUAUUACUUAAAAAAUUACAAAAUGGCUUGGAAAUAUUCGCAAGAAGUUUAUAUCAACGUCUCGACAACAAAAGAUUUUUUGUUACAGAACAACAUAAUAGAAUGAUGAAAAAAAUCGCAGUUUUAGAUGUAAAAAGUUUAGAAGAAGUUGUUAUAAAAUUUGUAACAAAGUGUAAAUUAAAUUAUACGGAAAUAAGAAAAAAAAAUGAUAUUGUAAAUUUGCAGAAUAGACUUACUGAAGAAUUAAACCAAACAUGGACUCAAAUUGCAUUGUUUGAUCAUAUAGAUUCUGACGAUAAUAUAAAUGGUCGUUUUAAAAAAUCACAUUUAGAAAAAAUUGAAACAAAUCCAUGGGUUACCCCUGAUCAUACAUCAACAGAUAUUCCUCAGGAAUAUCAACAAUAUCUACAAAAGUUGCCCUUCAUAUCAAUUUACGAAAUUCUAAGAAUACUAAAACCUCUCGGUCCGAUUGUUCCAGAUAAUUCCAUAUGGGAGAACAUUAAAACUAGAUGUAGAGGUUUUAGAUUAAGUGAAUACUUUAGAGAGAUUUGUUUACUAUAUUUUAACAGCCAGAAUGGUGAUAAGUUUCCAAAUAUAGGUGAAUUGCUUCCACGAAAUCAGAAUGUGUGGAAGUUAUGGGAGAAAGAACAACUUGGGGUUAAUUCUUCAAGUAUCCUAUUUAGUGCAAAGGUGGUUCCAUCCAAAUCAAAAUUAAUUUUAUUUUUAAACCCACCAAAAAUUGGAGGUUCAAAAAGAUAUUACAGGUUAUACUCUUCGAAUAGAUUCUUGCAUGUGCAUGUUGAAACGGAUAAGGUUGAUAAGGAACUUCAAUCACAAUUAUUAUACCCGUUGAAUUUAUUUGGAAGAAAGUAUGAACUUUUAUAUGCAAAAGACGGAUUGUUUUAUUACUUUGCAACGAGUGGACCUGGUUUAAAACCACAAACAAUAUGGGAAGUGAUUGAUUUCAAUAUCCCAAUUGAACUUAACUACGACCUAACGGUCCCAAAAUUCUAUUCACGAAUGUCAUUAGGAUUUUCUAAUACCAAACCAACAAUCAUUUUUAAACCAAAUGAAAUUCACUACGAUGUCGACGACAUCACAAAAGAUGGCCAUUGUUUAACCGAUGGGUGUGCAGCAAUAUCAUGGGCUGCAAUGAAAAAAAUUGCUACUAUUUUAGGUUGCGAGGAAACACCGUCUGCAGUUCAAGGUAGAAUUGGCGGUUCUAAAGGAGUUUGGUAUCUGAAUCCAACACAUGAUGCUAACAAUCAUGAUUUAUGGAUAAAGCUCAGAAAAAGCCAAAUUAAAUAUAAAUUAAGACCUCAUAGUGUUGGAAAUAAUGACGAACAUCUAAGAACAUUUGAGGUAAUCCAUAUAAUUACAGCUCCUAGAAUACCUGGCUUAUUGAAUACACAAUUCAUCAGGGUAUUAGGAAAUGGGGGCACGAAGGCCAAUGUGAAAAGAUUAAAUGAGAGAUGUAUUACUAAAGACAGCAAUGACAUCUCGUCAGUAAUCACUUCCGAGGAUGAUUUGACAACGUUCGAAUCAGAAUUAAAAGAGCUUUCUGGAAUGCCAGAUUCGAUACACGAACAAUGUGUCCAAAUGUUGCAUGCUGGUUUCACUCCUUCCACAUGUUCAUUUCUUGCAAAAAAACUAACGGAGGUCUUAUCUUAUACUAUAGACCCAUUGCUGAAUAAAUAUAAAAUCGAAGUUGCAUUAUCCAGAACACUUGUCUGUAUAGCUGAUCCUACUGGUACGUUACAACCAGGGGAGGUAUAUAUUCAAUUAGAUCGUAAUGCUGGCAUAGACCCAAGAACUGGUUUACCAUUUUAUGUCAUCGAAGGUGAUGUCAUUCUAGCAAGAAAUCCUUGCUCACUACCAUCAGACAUUUUGAAGGCUAAGGCCGUCAGAAACCCACACUUGAAUAAUUACUACAAUUUAGUAGUAUUUCCAACCAAUGUUAACCCACGAGAAAGUUCUAUGGCAAAUAAUUUGAGUGGCGGUGACUAUGAUGGAGACAAGUUAAUUCUUGAUAUUCAUUUUAAAGAUCGUGAAAAUCCACUGGGAUUAUACGAUAGAUUUCACCGAAUUUAUUCCAAUAAACAUGGCAUCUCGAACCCAAAGUCCGUCUAUUUUUCUCAAAUGUUUGCUCAGCUCGUCGAUGCUACUAAACAAGGUUUAAAUUUGAAACAUGGUGUUUUACAAGCCGACCAAAAUAGUAUUUAUCAGCUUCCAGUACCAAAAUGGAUGGGGAAUGAUGAUUCAUUAAAGAAAGGAGGCGAGGAAGGUGAUGCGGAAGCUAACGAAGAUGAAGUUCAUCAUAAAAGUGUAAUGGAUAUGUUGUACAUGACUAUUGAAGAGGAAAAACGUAUUAUUGGAAGCAAAGAUUUUUCGGUUGUAAGUAAUCAAGUAGAUAGCAUGGAUCCACACAUUCGAUUGUUUUGGAUUCGUGAAAUAGAACAUUCUAAAAAAGUCAAUGAUGGUGGAGCAUAUAGUUCGGAUCUAUUAUUAAUUGAACGUUUUACGCGUAAAUUGCUUCAAGAUUAUAAUUCCGGAUAUUCCAAGAAAAUAAAUGGUGAAAAAGAGGAUCCAACAGCUACAGAGUCUACGUCAACAACAAAGAAAACAUCAUCGUCGAAAAACAAAAACCAAAAAUCAUUUAAUUAUAAAAAUGGACCUCGAGAUUUUAGCAUUGAUUAUGAAUUUUUAAGUAGAUUUAUUUCAAAUCCACCACUUGAACAAUAUAAAAGUGAUAGAUUAAGGUACACCUCCCGUGAAAAUUUUGGAAACCCACACGCAAUUUUUGAAUUGCAAUUGAAAUCAUGCGCUCUUUACAUGAAUACCUUUUUUAAAAAAAAAACUGGACAAUGUUGUUGGAUGUUAGCUUUUAGAAGUUUAUGCAAUGUUAAAGCUAUGAUGGUAGAAUCUGAAAGAUCAUCUGUAUUGGGUGGACCAAGAUUCGUAAUUGAUGAUGUUUGGAAUUCUUUAAAAGUUGAUAAAAAAUGGGCGGAAAAGGACAGCGAAAAUAAUCAUGACAAUAUUGAUAAUGAUGGAAUUUUAUACUAA